CGAUGAAUGAGCGCGUCCAUAUCCGAUCAUUUCGGGAUCGUAACCUGAUCUACAAUGACCGCCAGCAAUCUGAACGUUGAUCUCCGCUAUCCAACGAGCUCUGGUCCAUUGUAUAAAGUGCGCUGGUCUCCCACAGGAGAUCCCAACACGAUCUACUUUGCAACAGGAACUUUUCAGAGCAAAACCCCACAACUCCAAACCUAUGCCUGUCGACUCCCAACCGUCUUUGAAACAGACCAUGACGAACCUUCCCGUCGGAAAUUCACUCUGGAUCUCGUCACAUCCCUUCCUCAUCCCUCCCAUGUCACCGACAUAUGCUGGUUACCCGAUGGCCAAACUCUUGUAACAGGGGGAAAUAACGGCAUUGUGUACGUUCACAGAGGGAAGAAUGGGAUGUUGAAAACAGUGAAUGAGACGAAAUUACAUCGUCGCAAUUGUGUGGGUGUUGCGGCAAUAACAAGGAAUGAUGUGGAAAUUGCUUCUGUGGGGAAGGAUGGAGAACUGAUCGUCAGUACGCUGAAUGGAGAGAAAAUACACGAAAUUCCCAACGCCGACUGUCUGGAAAUCACUGGAGUCCAGUGGCGGACUGUUAAUGAGAUUGUUAUUUCAGGCAGUUCAGGGCAUCUCACAUUGUUCGACUGCCGACAAAAACCUCCUGGGAGAUUACUAGCAGACCAAAGCCCAACUCCUGUACGUCUAAACUGCCUUGCCGUCAGUCCAACCCUGCACGGUAAAAUAACAACAGGUGACCGACUCGGCAACGUAGCCAUCUGGGACCUUCGCAACCUUUCUAAACCAGGCCUGUCCAAAGCGGCUGCCCACUCCGCGGCCGUUUGGGACGUUCGAUUUCACCCUGAUCGACCCGGGGAAGUGAUUAGUUGCGCUGAAGACUCAACAAUAUGCUUUACACAAUGGAACUCGAGCGUACCAGAUUACUUUCCUGAGGUGACGACAACGGCCUCGCUACGGCGAAUGCAGGGUCCCACAUCGCUUCCCUUCAAUUCGAUUGACUGUCAUCCUGAGCAUAAUGUAUUGGUUGGCGUGGGCGACGCAGGCACCAUUUUUUUGAAGCAAACGUGAACGGCACAUUCGCCAGUGGACGUUCUGCUCUGAGGCUUCACAUUGAAUAGUAUUGUAUUGUAACACCUCACUAUGCACUAUAUAUAUUUUAUUUUACUUUGACGCCUCCUCGGCAUCAUGUCC